AUGGAUGACCCUGCGCCAGUGCUGCGGCUGCUGAAGCGCCGCCUGCGGCCUAUCUCCGGCAGGGCACAGCUGCAGGCUUUGCCAGCCUCACCCACAAGUGCAGGCCCAAAGAACCAAUGGCCUGGGUAUCCAGCUCGUGCGGCGUUCACGGGAUCAGGUGAAGCAGUUGCUGCAGGACGUCAGGGACCAGUUGAGGUCAACGUGUCUUACCGACGUUCCUGUCGAAGUGAGCAGCUGCCAAAGAAGACUUCGAGCAAAGACUUGGAGGCAAAGAUUAAGAAGGAGCCUCAACCGCUGGAGGGCACGAAGCCGCCCUCGGAUCAGCCUCUCGAGGAUGUGCCUGGACAAGAAUUUUCGGCCCUGAGCUUUGUGCUGCUGCCUCAAAGCUCUUUGUGCAAGAAGGCACCUGGGUGCGUGCAGCUGAGUCGCCCAGGUUGUACCUUGAAUGCGCGCAGCUACAGGCUGCUCGGAGGUGCACUAGAAGUGACGUCUGCGGGAUGUGCAGGUCUUUGGCCAGAGCUUGAACAGAUCUUGUUGCCAAUGGCGCAGCGAGCUGUGCAACAGGCUCACAGCCUUUGCAUUUGGCUGCAUGGCCCACGCGGCAGUGGUAAAAGCCGGCUGAUGUGGGGUGCCGAGAGGAGCCAGAGCAUGGCAGGUCUGCUGGCACGCAUUAUUUUCAAGACCUUGCAGGAGCUUCAGUUGCUCCCAAUCAAGGAAAAUGACGACCGCGUUUUGGUCACGCUGCAGUUUUUAAAGUUUGGAGUGCAAACCGAGCUCUGCGGUGACUGCCUGGUUGGGCCCAACUUUGACCCACGGCUGAAGCCGCGAGAUGCCGCGCUGCAGGAGCAUGGCUUUAUCAUGGAGGGUGCCGCUGAGCGAGAAGUCAGGCAUCCACAGGAGCUUCUCAGCGCACUGGAGCGGGGUGUGACCGCAUUGCAAUCGCCGGGCACGUUCCGCAGUGGCCGGCGCUGUGUGGAAGAUGCGUUGGCCCAUGGGCUUUGCACGUUUCGUGUUCGACGACGUAUUGGAACUGCUGUGCUUGCCACCACCAUUCACUUGCUGGAUUUGGUUGGUGCAGAAAUGUCCGGGGUGAAGGUCAACAAGAACACGCCCCACCAGGAGGACAAGACACUCAAAGCUGUCCUCAGGGUUGUAGAUGCUUUGGCAGAGGACCCAGAAUAUCGUUUCAGAGAUGGUCACACAGCCCCACGUUACAUUCCCUAUCGGGACUCCAAAGUCACGCGGCUGCUGCGGCCCUGCUUUGGUGGGCCUGGACGUGCAGUGCUCUUCGGCCUCGCGGCCGAGGGCCAUGAUGCUAUGCUGGCGACCUUGGAGUUAGCGCAAAGGAACGAACGCCAGCACACUCGCGAGAAGCUACAGAGAUUUGUCUUUGACCGGGAGACCAAGCUCCAGGAAAUAGAGGCUGAGGUCUCCAAGCUUUGCGAGCACCUGGGUAUUGCAAGCCCAGACAAGAUGCAGCUGACCAUGGAAGCGUCCCCGUCCGAAGAGGAGCUUCGCCUGGCGGAGCUGCUGCAGCUGCGGCGCCGUGUGGAGCAGUUCGAGGAUUGGCAAAGGAUCCGCCAGGCGCAGCCACAGUCGGCGCAGCCGAGACAAAAGCCUGGUGCAAACGCUUAG